GUUCGUUAGGGCUAGGUUCAGAGUUAUGAUUAGUGCUAGCCCUGUUGACAUCUCGUGACCUUAGACCAAACUUGAAGUUGGCUAAUUGGCCUUAUGAAAUAGAUCUAACCCGGCAACCAUCUAACCCCGUGCCACCGCCAGGGUCAGGGUUAGGUUUAGGAUUAGUGCUAGUCCUGUUUACAUCUCGUGACCUUUUACCAAACUUGAAGUUGGCCUUAUGAAAUAGAUCUAACCCGGCAACCUUCUGACUCCGUGGCACCACCUCUAAAAAAACGCAUUAAGGGGGGGCAACUCCUGCAAAUUUGGCCAUGUGUCUUCUCCAAAUUAUUUUUUAGCCCUCAGCUACUUUAUUUCACAUAGAAUUUCGAACAAAUCGAUUGCUAGUAGAUAUAAUCUAAACAAGGAAUGACUAUUGGUGGUCUUACUAUAAUUAUGAAAUGCAUUAUUAGAUUUGCGUGAUAAAACACGAAAUAUUCCCAGUCAUGUUUGUUUAUAUUGACAACUCGUCGCGUAUUAUUGCGCUGUUUACCGUUAAAUGAAAACAGAAAACAAAAUAAAAAAUAAACUUUCUAGAACCUGUGUAAACAAACCUAAACUGUAAAAGCUGUAUUGCAUAUCUUUAAAGUGGACUAGCGCGUGUUAAUAAUAGAUAGAGUCAUAUAUUGUCCCGAACUAUAUUCUUCAAUAAGUAUUCACAUGAGUGAAGUGAACAGAUAGCAACUAACAGUAAAUCGAAAGUAUUUACCGCAUUAGUGAAAAUUAAUUAUUUAUCACAACUUUACACGGAGACCAACUUGUAUAUCACGCAUACAGUAUGAAUUCGGAAAUUUGUAGACGUUUUGAAGGCCCACCACAACCAAGAAGCGCGGCAUUUUUAAUGCAAUGUGACCGCAUUAGAAAAGAUGAAGAAACAUCAAAUAAAGUAUCUCAAUUAAGAUUAGAAAAACAGAUAAAUGAAAGAGCUUUAUGGAAUGAGGAAUUAGAAGAAAAAUGUCAGUUUAAAAAAGUAAAAGAAAAUAUGAAACAAAUUCAAGAAGAAUUAAAAAUGGCCACAAAAGCUGCAAUAGAGAUUAGAAGGGUAGCAUUAAAACAUCAAUUAGAAGCAGAUAGGAAUCUGUAUAAUCAAGAAUUCAUAUCACAGGGCAAGACAUUUUACAAGCAAAGAAUAUAAAUGUUUCAUCUAUACCCAAGUCAGCCAUGAACAAUAAAUAUGAAUAAGACAGAGGUGUAGUUAUCUGGAAAAAGUUUUUAAAAAAGAUGAAUUUAUUAUGUGAUACGUUUUUUUGUUCUGAAUUUGUGCUAAAGACAGUCAUUUUAUAUAAUGAUAUUCCAUACUUUAGAACAUUUGUUAUGUUAUGAUAUAUUUUAUGUAUAUUAAUAAUCUAUACACAAAUGAUGUUAUUUUCUACCAUUCCAGCAUUAUAAAUCGAAGAAAGAUUUAUUUAUAAACUUUUAUUAACCUGAGGGACAACAUCAUUCUUAUAUUUUACAAUAACAGCAUUAAGGUUUACUGACAGCUUUAAGAUAUCCACUCAUCAUAAUUAAGAUAUAAGAUUUAUUUAAGAUAUUAAAUUUUGUGAUAUUUAUUAAAAUGUAAGACAUCAUUCUUAUAAUUUACCAUGUUAUUUUCUACCAUUCCAGCAUUAUAAAUCGAAGAAAGAUUUAUUUAUAAACUUUUAUUAACCUGAGGGAGAAGAUCAUUCUUAUAUUUUAUAAUAACAGCAUUAAGGUUUACUGACAGCUUUAAGAUGUUCACUCAUCAUAAUUAAAAUAUAUAUAAGAUUUAUUUAAAAUAUUAAAUUUUGUGAUAUUUAUUAAAAUGUAAGACAUUAUUCUUAUAUUUUACCAUAACAGCAUUACGGUUUACUGACAAUAUUAAGAUGUCCACUCAUAAUUAAGAUAUAUAAGAUUUAUUUAAGAUAUUAAAUUUUGUAAUAUUUUUGAAAAUGUAAGACAUCAUUCUUAUAUUUUACCAUAACAGCAUUAAGGUUAUUUUUAAAAAUGUACAGACUUUGUAGAAUAAAUUUAACAUGUAUCAAACCAGUUGUUUAUUUUGUAAUGAUCGGUAAAUUCAAUGUCAGAAAUAUCUUAAUUACCCUUCAAUAAGUAACCCCUGUUAUAGUGGCUAUAGGGACAUGACAGCUGAAAUUUGAAAUGACUCAAACUGCUGUACCACCUAGCAAACUGCUGAAGAUCGAAAAUGUGUUACCAGUUUUAUCACUGGUAGAAGGGAUUAAGAUAUAAUUCUCACAACAUGACGUUUAGUUGC